GCGGUGCGCGGGAGGCGGCGGUGGGAGCUGAUGCUGCACAGCGCUGUCGGUCCCGGCGGAGGCAUGAGGUGCGCGGGGCGGGCGGAGCGCGGGUCGGCGCAGCCCUGAGCGAAGACCUCCUCGCCGCGCUCCAGCAGAGCGACUAUGGCCGGGGGAAGGCGAGGGCUGGUGGCGCCUCAGAACACGUUUCUGGAGAACAUCGUACGAAGGUCUAACGAUACCAAUUUUGUCUUGGGUAAUGCCCAGAUAGUGGAUUGGCCCAUUGUCUACAGCAAUGAUGGAUUUUGCAAGUUAUCAGGAUAUCACAGAGCAGAAGUUAUGCAAAAAAGCAGCACCUGCAGUUUUAUGUAUGGAGAGCUGACAGACAAAGAUACAAUUGACAAGGUCCGGCAAACAUUUGAAAACUAUGAGAUGAACUCCUUUGAAAUCUUGAUGUACAAGAAGAACAGGACACCUGUCUGGUUCUUUGUGAAAAUUGCUCCAAUUCGAAAUGAACAGGAUAAAGUGGUUUUAUUUCUUUGCACUUUCAAUGACAUAACAGCUUUCAAGCAGCCCAUCGAGGACGAUUCAUGUAAAGGUUGGGGAAAGUUCGCUCGCUUGACCCGUGCCCUCACAAGCAGCCGAGGUGUGCUGCAGCAGCUUGCUCCAAGUGUGCAGAAAGGAGAGAAUGUUCACAAGCAUUCAAGACUUGCUGAGGUCCUGCAGCUGGGCUCUGAAAUUCUCCCGCAGUACAAGCAAGAGGCACCAAAGACUCCGCCGCACAUCAUUUUGCAUUAUUGUGUUUUCAAGACUACCUGGGACUGGAUCAUCUUGAUUUUAACUUUCUACACUGCUAUUUUGGUCCCUUACAAUGUCUCCUUUAAGACCAAACAGAACAACGUGGCAUGGCUCGUCGUCGACAGCAUCGUGGAUGUCAUUUUUUUGGUAGACAUAGUGCUCAAUUUCCACACCACCUUCGUGGGGCCAGCGGGAGAGGUCAUCUCUGAUCCAAAGCUGAUUCGCAUGAACUACCUGAAGACGUGGUUUGUGAUUGAUCUGCUCUCAUGCUUGCCCUACGAUGUCAUCAACGCAUUUGAGAACGUUGAUGAGGGCAUCAGUAGCCUCUUCAGCUCACUUAAAGUGGUCAGGCUGCUGCGGCUGGGUCGCGUAGCUCGGAAGUUGGACCAUUACAUCGAAUAUGGAGCAGCAGUUUUGGUGUUGCUGGUGUGUGUGUUUGGUCUGGCAGCACACUGGUUGGCCUGCAUUUGGUACAGCAUAGGAGACUAUGAAGUUAUCGAUGAGGAUACAAAUACAAUCCGACCUGAGAGCUGGCUGUAUCAGCUGGGGGUGUCGAUAGGAACACCCUACCGCUUCAACACGUCGGGCUUCGGGAAAUGGGAAGGUGGGCCGAGCAAAGACUCAGUCUACAUCUCCUCGUUGUAUUUCACGAUGACCAGCCUCACCAGUGUUGGAUUUGGGAACAUUGCUCCAACUACAGAUGGCGAGAAGAUCUUUGCUGUAGCUAUGAUGAUGAUUGGCUCCCUUCUGUAUGCAACCAUUUUUGGUAAUGUGACAACCAUAUUUCAGCAAAUGUAUGCCAAUACAAACAGGUAUCAUGAAAUGCUGAACAGUGUCCGGGACUUCCUCAAGCUCUACCAGGUGCCUAAAGGGCUGAGUGAGCGUGUGAUGGAUUACAUCGUCUCCACCUGGUCAAUGUCCAGAGGCAUAGAUACUGAAAAGGUGUUGCAGAUAUGCCCUAAGGACAUGAGAGCAGAUAUCUGUGUGCACUUGAACCGCAAAGUUUUCAAGGAGCACCCAGCCUUCAGGCUGGCAAGCGAUGGGUGCCUGCGAGCACUUGCCAUGGAAUUUCAGACAGUGCACUGUGCCCCAGGAGACCUCAUCUACCAUGCUGGGGAGAGCGUCGACAGCCUUUGCUUUGUGGUUUCGGGGUCUUUGGAAGUCAUACAGGAUGAUGAAGUCGUUGCUAUAUUGGGCAAAGGAGACGUUUUUGGUGAUGUGUUCUGGAAGGAGUCUACCCUCGCCCAGUCCUGUGCCAACGUUAGGGCUCUGACUUACUGUGAUCUUCACGUGAUCAAGAGAGAUGCCUUGCAGAAGGUCCUGGAGUUCUAUACAGCCUUUUCCCACUCUUUCUCCAGAAAUCUCAUUUUGACCUACAACUUGAGGAAAAGGAUUGUGUUCCGGAAAAUCAGUGAUGUCAAACGUGAAGAGGAGGAGAGAAUGAAGAGGAAGAACGAAGCACCUCUGAUCUUACCGCCAGACCACCCGGUUCGCCGGCUGUUCCAGAGGUUCAGGCAGCAGAAGGAAGCACGCCUGGCAGCAGAGAGGGGCCGAGAUCCAGAUGACCUGGACGUGGAGAAGGGCAAUGUUUUAGGGGAGCAGUCCUCCACCCGCGCAGUGGUCAAAGCCAGCGUUGUGACCGUGCGGGAGAGUCCAGCGACCCCAGUGCCGUACCAGUCUGCUUCCACAUCGGGGGGCUCCGACCAGGCAAAGCUGCAGGCCCCAGCAUCAGACCACACAGGGUGCAAAGUGUCGGGGGAAUACCCUCGGCGCAAAGGCUGGGCCAAGUUCAAAGACGCCUGUACGAAAGGUGAAGACUGGAACAAGGUCUCUAAAGCAGAGUCCAUGGAGACUUUACCAGAGAGAACUAAAGUUUCGGGAGAAGCUACCCUGAAGAAGACAGACUCUUGUGAUAGUGGCAUUACAAAAAGUGACUUGCGCUUGGAUAACGCCGGGGAGACAAGAAGCCCACAGGACCACAGCCCAGUCCUCCCUGAAGUCAAGCAUUCCUUUUAUCCCAUUCCAGAACAGACUCUUCAGGCCACCAUGCUAGAAGUAAAACAUGAGUUGAAAGAGGACAUCAAGGCUUUAAACACAAAAAUGACCAAUAUAGAAAAACAACUCGCUGAGAUUCUUAGGAUAUUGACCUCAAGAAGAAGCUCACAGUCGCCACAGGAGUUGUUUGAAAUGUCAAGGCCCCAGUCUCCAGAAUCAGAAAAAGACAUGUUUGGAGCUAGCUAAGGUGUUCCUUUCUUAAAAAAAAAAACCAAACAACAAAGAAACAAAGAAAGAAGCACCCUCCCUAACAUUUUAAAUUUAAUCUUCUUGAAAAUGAGUGAGGGACCAGUUCACUAAGCAUGUUCCCCGUGUCUAAAAAGGUACGGUAACAGGAACUGCAGCCUCAUGUCAAGAUGGCAGCUGACUCUGAAGCCUUUUUGACAGCAAGGGUACAGUUUCUAAAGUUUUUCUUUUCUCUGUUGGUCCCCCUUCCCCCCUAAUCUCCCUCUUUCUCUUGAGAUUUUGGAAUAAGAAUUCUGACAGCAGCAGCCAUCCCUUUGAGCCCCAGGUGACCCCUGAUGUUUUUGGAGCAUGCCUUAGAUUGCUGGCUUGGGUUUUGCCCGUGGGAAUAAGCACCUGCCAGGCUGCCUAUGCUUCCAGUGUUUAGGGAGUUGGGUUAUUUUGCUGCUGCUGUCAUUGUCCCAGUAACCUGUACAGCAUGUUAAAUGUCACAGUAUAUUUUCACAUGUGUGAUAAUGCAAAGAGCAGUAGGAGACUUAUAGUUCAUUCCAGUAGAAUGGGUGCUACUUGGUAAUGGAGUUAUUUAUGGAUAAUAGAGGAAGGGCUAAAAAUAUUGAAGAAGAUAUGUACUUUUUAAUUGCAGGCUGACAUAUUGCUAAAGCAAUUGCAUUUACACAUCUUCAACAACAGCCACAGUUAUUUCAGGUCUCUCAAUAAAUGAGAUCUUCCAUACUCUCGUUCACUAAGUCAGAAAUAGUGAUGUUCAAAAACUUCAUUUCUGUCUCAGAUGCCUUUGAGUAUGUUUUCUCUUUGCUGCCAGAGGACAGAGGGUUGGGUGUGUAAUGUGCCUCAGCACAGCCCACAACACAACAUAUUGUGAACAUCAACAACGGGUCCUGCAUAUUUGUUUCCCCAUGAAAAUAUACUGUGGCAUUUAUGUUCUGGUUUUGCUAUCAAUCUGCUCCUUUAAUUCUUGGUACUUUAUUAUUCAGAAGUUUAUGUUUUGCUAAUGUUCAUUGUAGCCAAAGACUUUCACAGAACGUUUAAAGGAUCUUAGAUUGUGGUGUCUUCAUCUGCAUCCAGACACAUUCAUAGAAACAUAGAAUCAACCAGGUUGGAAGAGACCUCCAAGCUCGUCCAGUCCAACCUAGCACCCAGCCCUACCCAGUCAACUAGACCAUGGCAUUAUGUGCCUCAUCCAUGCUUUCCUUGAACACCUCCAGGGACAGCAACUCCACCACCUCAAUGCCAAUCACUCUCCUUGGCAAGAACUUCCUCCUAACAUCCAGCCUAGACCUCCCCUGGCACAACCUGAGACUCUGUCCCCUUCUUCUGUUGCUGCUUUACUGGCAGAAGAGACCAACCCCAGCUGGCUAUAGCCUCCCUUCAGGUAGUUGUAGACAGCAAUAAGGUCUGCCCUGAGCCUCCUCUUCUGCAGGCUGCACACCCCCAGCUCCCUCAGCCUCUCCUCACAGGGCUGUGCUCCAGGCCUCUCACCAGCUUCUUUACCCUUCUCUGGACACACUCUAGUAUCUCAACACCUCUCUUGUUCUCGUUCCUGCUCUAGUGAGCAAACGGAUAGUACAGGUGAGAACACAGUACUUGCUGUAGGCAAGUGCUAUUGUAAGAAGAAAAGAAAAAGAUCUGCUUCUUAAAGAAGGAGAUAUUUCCAAAACUUUUAUUUUUAUAACCUUUGUGGUGGAAGCUGAAAGCACUUUACCAAAGCUACUCUCUGUUACUCAUUUAGGUAGGGUAACAGAAGGUGGCUUGGGUUAUCACCUUGGGAUGCAGAUGUAUAUUCACAGUAUAUUGCCUCAGUUGAGUUGCUAUGUGCACUGUUUAACAGCAGGUUAGAGUUGGGAAGCACAGGGCAACACUUCCUUGGGUUUUCAUUCUUAUAGAAUUGUGGAAUGGGCUGGGCUGGAAGGGACCUCCAAAGGUCAUCCAGUCCAACCCCCACCCUGUACUCAGCAGGGACAUCCUCAACUAGACCUUGUCAAUAGUCCCUCUCCAGCCUUCAUGUAGCCCCCUUCAGAUACUGGAAGGCCACUAUAAGGUCUCCUCAAAGCCUUCUCUUCAGGCUGCAGAGCCUCAACUCUUGUAGCCUGUUCUUAUAGCAGAGCUGCUGCAGCCCUCUGAGCAUCUUCCUGGCCUCCUCUGGACUGGCUCCAAUAGUUCCAUGUCUUUGUGCUGGGGGCUCCAGAACUGCACACAGUACUCCCAGUGGGGCCUGAGGAGAGCAGAGUAAAGGGUCAGAAUUCCCUCCCUUGCCUUGCUGGCCACACAGUCCUAAAUUAUGCUUUCAAUUUAAUGUCUCUGAGCACUGCCCAAUUUUGAUUUUGUUAUGGUCAUGAAACUCCAGAGAAGUCCUGCUCCUUACAACUACACCUUUGGAUGUCUGCUCCAGGUCAGCACUGACAGCAGUGGAUGUUGUUCACUUUCACACAGCUGCAACCAUUUGAUGAUGAUUUCAUGAACCAGCAGGCACUAAAAUUAGUAGUAGGAGACUGUACCUCAGUAAUCUGUGUGUGUUGUAGGAUAAUUUAAAAGACACUCUAUCUCGGGUGAGCUUUGGUCUUUGGAUUUCCUGGAAUACCAAGUAGUUAAAAUGAGCAGAAUCUUGUGCUCCAUGGAACUAGUCACUUCUUUGAACCCUGCACUAAUUUGGACCUGUGCUGUAGUGUCCAGGCUCUGCCAAUGCAGCACUUCUCCUGUAGAGAGUGGCUGAAAGCACCUGUGUUACAAAUCUUUCUCCACUGAACCUAACAUGUGGAUGCCCACAGCUGCACAGCAUCUAUACUCACCAUAAUUGUUCUCUCACGGCAGACUUACUGUUCUUUCUUUUGUGUCUCUCUACUCUACAUGUUGGCUAAGCCUUUUUCAACCAAGUUAUUUUCCAGCUUAGAAAUGAAUGAUUUCUGAACACGAGACUCUGCCCCUUAACAAGCAAAUGCUUGUACAUAUUAUAUAAGAAAAGAAAGCCAGAAAGCCUCAGUGUUGUGUUCUGGCACUUACCAACCUGCUAAAUAACCUUCAUUAAUCUAAAAGAGGAUUUUUGCUAUAAUAUGGCAUUCUAUUUCAACCAGAAGAAGGUAUCUGGGAGAAAGAGCCUGAGUUAUGGUUUGGUAAAAAAGGAACUUCUACAAGUUCACAAACUCAACCUGUUGGAAAGGCUACUGAUAUGCAGCACAGGAUUAAAAAAGGAGACCCCAACCCUCGCCCCUGUCAUGUUCAGAUACAUUUACUUCUGUCUGCUAUUGCUUGUACACAUUUAAAAACAUCAUUCUUGCUUUAAAUCUCUCCCGCAGUGCUGCCCUGCGUCCCAGCGAACACCCUGCUUAACAGCUUCGGAGGUGAUGUUCUCUUUCUGCAGUACUUCCCUUUAAUGAACCGAACAAGAUAUUUUAUUGUGAAUGCCUGCUGAUCUAUUUUCAGUCACUCCUACCUAGUCUCUGAAAGAAGUUUAACACAGAAUUUGUCUUUACUAUAUAAACAACUGUGUGUGUGACUGCACUUGCGCAGACGCGUCUUACAUGCACACAGGUAUAUAUAAUCUCUAUGUGUAGAUAAGUCUAUGGAUUGUAUUUCUGUUCAGUAAAAGCACAUCCCUAAUUUACUGAUUCCAGUUCAAGAAGGGAGCUUAAAUCUUCCCAGUAGACAUUCACCAAAUGUCCUAGUUAGUAUCUUGUUUGUUAGCUGUUGAACUUUGAAAGUCUUGACUUUCAGUUUCACUAGUUGGCCUCGACUUUAUAUACCGUCAGUCUGGCAAAUAUUGUGACUGAGAGAAGAUCUGGAAAGAGUUGAGAAGUAGAAAUACUUGUGAAACUGGAAAAUGCUGUGUUGUCAUCAGUAGGACUAAGGCUCAUAAGACACUGUUUGUUGCUCACAGUAUCUCUGAAGCUAAGCUGCUGCAAGAGAGAUGAUGGAAUAAUGGAUUUCUUUCACCUGCUACCAGGAGCUGCCUCAAAGGUGCUGAGCCUAUCCUUCUCGUGGGCAGCGUAACACAUGGUUGCUGCACCUCUGCUUUCUUCUCCUGGUCUUAGAUGGUGAAAAACAUCUACCGAGUUCUUAAUUUCCAUGCAGUGUCCUCUGGAUGUGCUGGCAAUAACAGAGUUUGUGUUUCAGCUGCACUUCCAAUUUAUUAAGACAAACAGUUCAGAGAGGGGGAGCUUCAGAAAUUUGAGGUGAGACACAGUAGGUUACUGUAUCCUCCAAUCUGACAUAGUUUUGACCACGUUGUUGUGGCAAGCAUCGAUUCCAUUAAAUAAAAACAAAGCUUUCUGCAAUAAGAUAUAGCCAACAUUUAGCCUUAAGACCCUUUCAUAAGUGGUAUAACUCAAACUGUGAUUCCAUUCCCUUUCCUUCUUAAUGUCGUGUAGUAAUUACAGUGUUGCCUAAAAUUGAAGCACUUUGAUUAGCAUUCUGAGUCUAAUGGAAUUCACUUGCUGGUAAUCACAUUUCUUUUUUCACUUAUUGCCUUCGUAUUAGGAUAAUUAAUUUCUCCAGCAGCCCUCUCCCCUCAUAAACCAGAGAUGUAACUAUUGUCCCAACACUUUGGUAUAUCAGGGAGCCAACCUAUCAUAUUCUGAAAGUGUUUGUUUGAAAGGCUUUGGGUUGGGGCUUUUUUUAACACUUCGACAAAGCUAACGUGAAAUUACCUGCACACAUCCCUUGUUUCAAGCUGAAUGUUGAGUGUCCUGUGAAGAUAUUUGACCCAAAAUCCCAGAACAACAUCUCUGUAACCAACUCUAAAUGCCUAAUGUUAACAAAACAGUUUGGGGGGGUUUCACUAACUGCUCUGAAAAGCUCAUGGGCUUGGUUGGUUGAUUUUUUUUCCUUCCUCCCACUGAAUCUGUGACCACUAAGACAGAAAAGGGAUCAUUUUAGCUGUAAGUGAAAGAAGUUCAACAAUCUUGCAUCAGGAUGAAUUGCUCUACGACCAACACCGAGUUUUCUAAUGAAUGUUAUAUUAUUGUACUUACAAUCAAUACUUGUACAUCUGUUGGAGACCUGUCUGCGUUUCAAUAUUUAGCCACCACUGCAUGGACACUUUAUUGUUAUGCAGUUAAUAUAGUUGCUUGGGCGCUUUUCAGUGUACUUCACUUGUUUUUAACCCUUUCAGGUAUCCACCAAAUACUCUUGGUUCUUUUUCCUCGCAUUUGUCACUUUGUUCAAUGAAGCAUGACUAGGGAAAAAAAGAAAAACCAAACCCACACCAAAAAAAAAAAAAGAGAGAGAGAAUGAGCAAAUACUAUUUUUGUGGUCAGCACAGCAGCUGCCAGUAGGUGGACAGUGUGUGCAUACAUAUGCACUGUCUGGGAACGUUUCGGUUAUGAAUGCAGCCACCUCCAUUAAUGAUAUCCCUAUUCAACAUUUUUAAACAAGCACAAAUAAUAUUUGUAAAGAAAACCAAAAGUUUAAUUUUAUUUAUUAUAGUAAUAAACUAUUUUAUACAUUA